AUGGAACUGAGCACCGCCACCAGGUGUGAAAAUUGCAGAGAAUUAAUUGAACAAAAAAACAACACGAUAGAAUUUCAACAAAACAAAUUAAUAAACUACCAAGAUCUUUUGGUUAAAGCACAACGUGAUUUGAUUGAUACGAAAAAUGAGUUAUUGAGAAUAAAGGCCAAAUAUAGUAUUGGCUUUAGAAUUUAUGACAAUUCUGAUGGUGAAGAUGGUAGUAGUUCUUUUGACUACCUGGCAGCGACAGCAACAAUAACAACAAAUUCUGAUAAGAUUUUUGAUAACUUUCCUGAUUACAAUAGUGUUAGUGACGAAAGUAGAAUACAUCGAGUGAAAAGAAGAUGUAUAACAGUGAUAGGCAUAGGGAUAGGAAUCAUGGAGGCAUUGUUUCUUGGUAAUGUGGUACGACCUGUCACUGCACUAGUUUUAAAGAAAUACCUUGAAAGUUCUUUUGGGCCUGUGAUAGAAGUUCAGCAGGAUGGAUCUUUGCCGUAUGCAAUUGUAAAUUUUGCAGAUUCAAUAAGUUAUUAUAAAGCAGUAAAUUCUGGUAAAUUAUCAAUAGGUGAUGUGAUUGUAAGGAUUGAAGAGAUUCGUUUAAGACAUUAA